UAUAUAUAUAUAUAUAUCUGUCUCUGUCUAUCCUCCCCAUUGCUGGCUCUGACACUUUUUCAAGGGACGUUCUUUUUCUCCUUCCUCUCCCAAUUUCAACCCCUCACAAACACCCACCAGCGCUCUCCAGAGAACCAAAUUUCUGAAGAUUAGGGUUCUGGGGGGCUUGUUGUGAUCCGAAAGGGUUCCAUUUAAUCUAAUAGAAACCAUCACAAACGCAUAUACUGGUAUAAUUUCAAAUAUAUAUACAUAUAUGCGAUACAUAUAUGCGAUAUGCGUUUGUAUGAAAUCAGAAUCUGAGAGUUGAGAAUGGAAGUGGGAAGGAGGAUAUCGGCGAGUCCUCGGCCAUGCUCGGGUCGCAGAAUAUUGGCGAAGAAGAAGAGGGCUCGCUCGGAUGGGAUUGUAAACAGCGUGAAGAAGCUUCAGAGGCGUGAGAUUUCUUCAAAGCGUGAUCGAGUUUUUGGCCUCAGCAAUGCCCAGGAGAGAUUUCGUAACAUGCAUCUCAAGGAGGAAUAUGAUACUCAUGAUCCCAAGGGGCAUUCUUCCCCCAUAUUGUCCUUUCUGAUGAAGAGGACAAGGGUUAUUGAGAUAGUUGCUGCACGUGACAUCGUAUUUGCUCUUGCACACUCAGGUGUUUGCGCAGCUUUUAGCAGAGAGAAAAACGAGAGGAUAUGUUUCUUGAAUGUAAGCCCUGAUGAAGUCAUUCGGAGCUUGUUCUAUAAUAAGAAUAACGAUUCGCUCAUCACAGUUUCGGUCUAUGCCUCAGACAACUUCAGCUCUUUGAAAUGCAGAUCCACAAGGAUUGAGUAUAUAAGGAGGGGCCAGCCAGAUGCUGGAUUUGCUCUUUUCGAGUCUGAGUCUUUAAAGUGGCCUGGGUUUGUAGAGUUUGAUGAUGUUAAUGGCAAGGUGCUAACAUACUCUGCACAAGACAGUAUAUACAAGGUGUUUGACCUUAAGAACUAUACCAUGCUUUACUCUAUAUCAGACAAACAUGUACAAGAAAUCAAGAUCAGUCCAGGCAUCAUGCUGUUGAUUUUCAAUAGAGCUAGUAGCCAUGUUCCACUGAAGAUUCUAUCAAUAGAAGAUGGCACAGUUCUCAAAGCCUUCAACCAUCUACUUCAUCGAAAUAAGAAGGUUGACUUCAUAGAACAAUUCAAUGAAAAGCUUCUUGUUAAGCAAGAAAAUGAGAAUCUUCAGAUUCUUGAUGUUCGAAAUGCAGAGCUGAUGGAAGUUAGCAGAACUGAGUUCAUGACUCCAUCAGCAUUUAUCUUUCUUUAUGAGAACCAGCUAUUCCUGACAUUCAGAAAUCGAAACGUGGCUGUCUGGAACUUUCGUGGAGAACUUGUGACUUCGUUUGAGGAUCACUUGUUGUGGCAUCCUGACUGCAAUACCAAUAACAUUUAUAUAACAAGUGAUCAGGAUCUUAUCAUAUCUUACUGCAAGGCUGAUUCGGAUGACCAUUGGAUGGAAGCAAAUGCUGGAUCUAUUCAUGUCAGCAAUAUCUUAACCGGGAAAUGCCUGGCCAAAAUAAAUGCAGGCAAUGGCGGUCCCAAGGUUGACGAGUGUGACAGCAGUGCUGGCUCCUCAAGCAAGCGAAGCAACUCAUCUCUGGUGAGAAAUACCGUUGCUGAGGCUUUGGAAGACAUAACUGCUCUUUUCUACGAUGAAGAGCGCAAUGAGAUAUAUACUGGAAAUAGGCAUGGUCUUGUUCAUGUGUGGUCUAACUGAAGUUGAGAUCAUUACUUUGUUUUGGAAGCUGCUCUUAGAGAAAGAGUUUAUUUUGGCAAGCCUUCGUGCAUAUGGGAUAUUACGAGUGCGUUGUAUCAUUAGAUGACCUGGAAGUGCUCUUGCAUUGUAUCAUAGUAUGAUUUUUGAAAUUGUUAAUGUAGCCUUCUGUAGAGCUUAAUUUUUUGGGGAAUAUAGGCAGGCUUUCUAAAUUUUGCUUCCCAUUAUCCAUAUAAAGA